CGCGCUGCGGACGCUGCUAAACAAACUGCGAAUAAAGACUACCGACUAGUGGAAAUGAAAUUUAGGCCUUCUGUUUUCAAAGGACGUUCUCGGGUCACCGAAAGUUGGAUUGUGCGUGGGCACUACGCGGAGUUUUAUCCUUUAUCCUGGUUAGCGGCGAUGCCUAGUGGCGCAAAGUACUCCCGAUUCCAUAUCGUCCUCCAAGCAGAGUGUAUUCCAAACUUCUAUGUCAGUAACGUGCACGCGAUCCUGUUCUUGCUCGUUUGUCUCGCUUUUUCGGCAUUCCUGAUUCCCGUAACGGAAGUCUCUGACCGCAUGCAGGUCAUUUUGACCCUGGUUUUGACUCUGGCCGCAUACAAAGUAUCGUUGACGGCGUGGCUUCCACAGAAACCAUACAUGACAGCCCUGGAUCUCUACGUGCUCUGGUCUUUCUUACUCACCUUCGUGCAGGGCGCAAGCAUCAUGUUCACGGGAUCCUUGGUACAACUUUAUUCUAAUCGUCACUUUAGUCUGAUGCUGCUUCUUGUAGCAGCAGAACGUAGUUUUGAGCAAAUACGUAAAAAAGACGAGAACAAGUAAAGGACGAAUAAUUCCUUUUUAUUUAGUAGAAACCAUACAAGGAAUAGAAGUGCGCUAAUGUCUCUUAUCAAUGAACAAAUGCUAUAUCAGGUCAACGACUGGGGUUUUGAUCUAGAACCUGUCUCCAUUGUCGAGGGUUGGACUUGGAGCGCUAUUUUGGUAAUGUGGCUGCUCACUCACGCUGUCUUUGGCUACAUUGGCCACCAGGGGCGUUUAGCACUCUACCUCUUUCCGAGUUGGAAAAGUGUCCUCGCAAAGGACGAUAUGCUGCAUCAGCGGGAAAAGGACUUUGUGCAGGGCGCCAAUGAGCGCGUGUUCAACCAAAAAAGACCUGACGUACCGUCGAUGGAUUGGGUCAAGGCACACUUGGAUUAGAAAUAUGAAAAGCAAAGAAGACUGAGAGCUCACGACGUUCACGUUUGGUUACAAUGGAACAAGUGGAACCUAUUGUCACCACGACCGCCGCAACUGGGAGAUCUGACCAGAAGAUGGAUUUCAUCUUGAAGUACUAGAAGUGCUGAGAAAAAGUUGAAAGAUCUUGCUUGUUGAGGAAAAGUAGUCGAAAUCGAAUGAUCUUGCUCUUUGCAGAUGUGGUCGCAUUUUUAUUGCCGAAAGUACGAGCGCCGGACAAGGAAUAUGUAUUCAUGUAAACCAAGUAGUAAGACAAGAUGAAGUAUCUUAAUCCUAGUCACUAGUAGCCUCCCAUUGAUGUGGUCCUGUUUGCCUCCCGUAAUUUUCUGUUGUUGUUUGCGCCCCGAAUGGCCGCCGCCUAUACGUACUUGGGCAAUUUUUUACCCCUUCUGGUAUUGAAUCUGAGACUGAGUCCCACAGGUGUUGACAUCACUUCACAAGAAUCAGGAUGACGAUUAGCCGUUCCCGAACAACGUAUUCGUAAUACAAAGAAGCAGAUCGAAAAAGUGAUACUUUUCUCUUUCUCCUUACUUUUAGAUUUUUUUUGGCCGUCAAUCACCAUCGUCAUUCACCACCACCCUUAGUAGCCGCUCGAUAGUAUCCAAAUGUCCCGAUUGUAGAGUCUGAAAUUGUUGGAAAAUAUCAUGUUAUCCCCAACAGGGAAUGACGAUGCGUACAAUGUGGUACGAUUUUUUUUCCUCCUACGUACUUGUCGUGAAAACUGAUGUUGUCAGGAACAAGAAAUCCCCCGACGUGCACGUGCAAAGGAACUCGGAAAAUAUGGAUUUGGC